GUUAUUCCCUCUGUCUCUGGGAAAGCAGCAGUUUAAGGGGGGGAAAACAAGUGCGUGGAGCCAAGAAACAGGUCUGACCUCAGUUACUGGAACUAAGUAAGGUUCUGUUUUAAAGAGUCGCUAAAGUGUGGGUCGCCGAGACAACAUGAACACCACCGAACCAGGCUCCAACUUCACCUUUACGUCUAACACAGAAAAUGUCACACUGUCCAGCCUGACAACCACCACCAUCCCUCCCACCAUCCCACAGCCUCCAUCCUAUUCUUCAGACAUCCACGACCCAGAAUUCACUAUUGCGGUGGUGCUGGGCUUAUCACUGCUGCUGGCAGGGUUAGCUGCCUUCCUGGCAGUGUGCCGGCCCUCCGAACAGGAUGGGGACUCUGAGGCGAGCUGCGGCCCAGGGGAGAGCUUGACCCGUGGAAGAAGCCGGUCCAGUGAGCCCCAGCUCAAGGUGUGGAAGAGGCUGGGUUCAUAUCGGCGUUCAUACAACAUCUCCUUCAGACGACCGCCCCAUCGCAGGCCGCACGAGCGUGGGAGCACACACGUGUCCCAGUCUCCAGCCCGACAGACACAACCACAGCCAGAAGUCAGUGUGGAGCCCCACCUUACUAUGCCUUGUCUAUUUGACUAUGUUACUGAAAUCUGACUCGAGGACAGGCUGAGGGCAGAAGGACUGCUUCCUAAAACAUGCGACACACUGUAUAUCUUACGGCUGGGGCUACGAACAUCACUAAUACCAGGUGUGGGUGAAGAGUACAUGAAAAUAAUGUUUAGCCUUAGUUUUAACACACUUUUUAUUGCUAGAGGUUUCCAACAAAACAAUUUAGGCAAUCAAAAAGGCACUGAAGCAGGGUUUACACAUUUUUGUGACUCUUCAUUUCACCCUUUAUAGAAGGAUUCGGCACAGCUAUGCACUAUAUAUAGAGGUAAAAUGAUUUAACAAUGACUUCCUUUUUCAAGGCCAAACUUCUAUAUAGACAAAGUUCUUAUAUAUUCCCCAAUCACAUUCAAAGUGUAGGUACAGGUAUCAUUCCUCUGACACAGAAAACCCAUCCAUCUGGUAAGCCAUGUAAGACCAAUAUGAGGAAUUAUUUUAUAGUACCGUUUCAUGCGGGUCUCAAAACAUGAUAGGUUACCAGUACUGCCAAGACAAAUGCAACCUGAGCCAAAAAGUGACCACUGUGUGACUAAUUCUUUGUGUUUUGCGAUUGUUAUGUUAAGAAAUAAAGGGAUACGUUUUACUGUUGAAA